ACCACGCUAAUGGAGAAGCUCCUGCCACGUCUCCGUGUCAGAAACCAUGGCCAUCUCUCAUGUUCCAUAUUACUUGUCAAAAUUGCCUUCUCCAUUGUUCAAUUGCCGUUUGGCGGCCAAGAGAAUCUCAGAAUUUUCCAUGGAGAAUCCGCAACACUCUGAAGGCAAAGAAGCAUGUGAAUCCAAUCCAACCAACGUGAAGCGUGUAUCCGACGAUAUAAUGCCUCACCUUCUUAACUUAUAUGGAUCUCGUGCCACACCAAGCGACUUUGAAAUAUAUGCUGCGGACGCUUCUUUUGAAGACCCUCUCAUGUGUGCUCAUGGAGUGAAACAAAUCAAAUCAUCAUUUUAUUCGCUUUCUAAGGUUUUUAGUGAAUCAAGAAUCGUUGAAUAUAGCAUCACUGAAAAAGAAAUUUCAGCCGGAAAGCAUGAGGUAUUAGUUGACAACAAACAACAAUACAAGUUCUUGGGAAGAAACAUAGAUAUGAUAUCAUUGAUCAGGUUGUAUGUUAAGGACGGAAAAGUUGUUCGUCACGAAGAUUGGUGGGAUAAGAAGCCUCUUCGGAAUAGAGAAACAGUUAAGCUUCCGUGUGUCGGCCGAAUGAUUGAACUGACUCGUAGGGGUUCGAUGUUCGUAACUCAUGCUUUAAUGGGGUUCGGAAAGGAUCCUCCUACCGGAUGAUGCUACAAAUCGACUGUAUGCAAGUCCGUCUCGAUGUCAUAUUCUUAGUUAUAUUCAUAUCAAAUUUCAUGUUGUUAAACUUUUUUCUAUUCUGAUCACGUGUUAAUCUUGAGAUUUUAAUCAACAUUUCCGCUAAAAAGAAUAAGGAUUAAAUUGAUAAAAAAUGUAAACAUACGAACUAAAUUUUGCAUUAUGCCAAUAUGAAAAUGCUUAGCUUAAGCCAA